CACAGUUCUAGCCAAGCCAGGACUCAGAAGUUUUAUAGCGUUUGUCGAAUUUUCUCUGGGAACGGUAUUGAUCAUGGCGGAGGGGGACAAGCCGGAAGGCUCGCAGCCGUUCGACAUGCAGAAGGCUAUCAACAAGUUGGUCAUCGGUGAAAGGGAGCUGCCUCGCAGUGCCCCGCGAACAGAACGCGAGGCGCAGGAGCGAGACUAUAAAUUCUGGAAAACACAGCCCGUUCCAGGAUUGAAUGACACAAGUGAAGCUGAUGUCAAUGAACCAGUUGAGGCCGAUAAGGACGUGGCUGAGAUUCGGCAACAGCCUCUCGUCCUCCCUGCACAGUUUGCAUGGAGCAAUAUCGACGCCAGUGAUGAGGCACAGUUGAACGAUCUGUACGAGUUGUUGCGUGAUAACUACGUGGAGGACGACGACAUGACAUUCCGGUUUGAUUACUCCAGGGAAUUUCUGAAAUGGGUUUUGCUACCGCCCGGCUACAAGCUUGACUGGCUCGUGGGUGUCCGUGUGAAGAGCAACAACAAGCUAGUUGGCUUCAUCAGCGGCAUUCCAGUUCACAUUCGCAUCUAUUCAAAGACCUUGAGUCUCGCAGAAGUUAACUUCCUUUGCGUGCACAAGAAGCUGCGUUCCAAACGCUUGGCCCCGGUUCUCAUCAAGGAAGUCACAAGGCGUAUCAACCUGACGGGUAUCUUCCAAGCUGUCUACACUGCUGGAGUGGUUCUACCCAAGCCUAUCUCCAAGUGCCGGUAUUUCCAUCGGCCUAUUCAGCAUAAGAAGCUUCUGGAAUGCGGCUUUACCGUACUGGCCCCAAACGUCACAAUGCAGCGGUUCAUGAAGCUCUAUAAGCUGCCAGAGGAGGCACCAGUAAAGGGAAUUCGGAAAGCAGAGGAGAAGGACUUGGAGCAGAUUCACACGCUACUCGAAGAUUAUCUCAAGCGGUUUUCCCUCGUUCCCGUUUUCGUUUCCCUGGAUGAAAUCCGUCACUAUCUGCUGCCUCGCGAAGGCGUGAUCUCGACCUACGUCAUUGAAGACCUGGAAACCAAGAAGAUUACAGACUUCUUCAGCUUCUACCAUCUCCCCAGCAGUAUUGUGAGAUCUAACAGUCAAGGACAUAAGCGCCUCUAUGCAGCGUACAGUUACUAUAAUGUGUGCACAACACACUCACUGCAGGAUGUACUGCAGAGUGCACUCAUCAUUGCUAAGGAGGAUGGCAUUGACGUAUUCAACGCUCUGGACAUCAUGGAGAACUCCACCGUACUGCGCUACCUGAAGUUUGGCGCCGGCGACGGCUACCUGCGGUUCUACCUGUACAACUGGCGCUGUUCAGACAUGCCCAGCAACCAGGUCGGUCUUGUACUCCAGUGAAGUGGUGGUGGUGUGCGUACCGACGGCAUACGACUUUCCCCCCGUGCCCUCCCUGCUUAUCUCCAUGCCUGCUCUGGCUGGGCCAGCCCGGCAUCCGGACCCAUGCGUCCUCUACCGUACUCCCGCAUGUCACCAUGUUCACCAAUGGUAGUUGGCUGUAGUGACAACAGCGGUGGCAGUACACGUUUUGUACAGUGUGUUCCUAUAUAUGUACAUAGUAUUUUGGUUGUGCCGCUAGAUAAUUUCGCCGUUUUCGCUAUGAUUUUCUCCCGCAGCUAGUUUUAACAUUUCCCACGCUUCUUCCCCCGCUCUACGUCUUACGCUGUGCGUUUAUUACAUGCACGCAUAGACACAGGCGCGAGCGUGCGUGUGCGUGCGUGCACACGUGAGCUCAUCUCAUGCAUUCAUUCUAUCUGUGCUCUCAAUUCAUUCAUUCUCUCUCUCUCUCUCUAUCUAUCUCUGUCGAUGCGUGCAUUGUUACGAGAUUCAGCUCAUAUUGUACCAGCCGAUCCCCGAAACAAGUGCACAUGUACAUGGGACUUGCAGUCCGAAUCAAUCUAACUCCUAUUCUCUGA